GCCAUCUCUCGAUGUCGGGCAAGGGAAUCCUCGACAAGAUUCGGAUGGGCAACUGCAGCCAGGAAGUUGCAUGGCCGACGGCUACCCACCUGCCUGCCUACAUAAAGGCAGGCACGAAGCUCGCCGUCAUGUCCACCCUUUCCUUCACGCGCCACGGUCAACGCGUGCCUCCCCCCUCGUUGCUCCCGGCUCCUGGUCUGCCCCUCACUCCUUCCGCCUCCUAUCACCAGACUUCCAAGGAUCGGAAUCCGAGACUCAAACCUUGCCGCCAUGCGCCUCCAGAAAGCGGCCGAGUGGGUUGCCCUGCUGUCGGCAGCGCUCCCGACAGCCAAUGCCGCUGUGCAUCACCAAUGGGAUACCGUUCCAAAGGGGUGGACGGCGACCAACUUCAGGACAGCCAGCACCACGCAGAUGACGCUGAGCAUUGCGCUGAACAUGCAAAACAUUGACCAGCUCGAGUCUCUACUGCUCAGUAUCUCGACUCCCGGCCAGCCCAGCUACGGCAAGUUCCUCGAUGUCGGUGACGUCACUUCGAAGUUUUCGCCCUCGAAGCAGGCCAUCUCCAGCGUCACCAAUUGGCUGAAGCAAAACGGCAUCAAGAAUUUCGCUGUCAAUGGCGCCUUCAUCGACUUUGCUGCCGACGUUGCUACCGCCAACAAGUUGCUGGGCGCUGACUACCAGCAUUACACAAACAAUGGCGUGACCAAGCUCCGCACUCUGUCGUACUCGAUCCCCGACAAUAUCCAGUCGUACGUUGCACUUGUGGACCCCAGCACCUACUUUGGCAACUCUCAGGCCUUUCUUCCCUUGCGUCCACGACCGAGCCGGGUCCGUCGCGAACCCUCGGCGGAUCUUGCAACCAGAGCCACGGUGGACGCAUCCUGCCAAACAUCCAUCACACCGUCUUGCCUCAAGCAGCUGUACAAUGUCGGCAGCUACACCCCGAGCGCCAAGUCUGGAAGCACCAUUGGGUUCGGAAGCUUCCUGAAUCAGUCCGCCUUGUACUCCGACUUGGCGGCCUUUGAGCAAUUCUACGGUAUCCCUUCGCAGAACUUCACAGUCGAGUUGAUUGCUGGCGGUGUUGAUGACCAGAACCCAGCGACUGCUCAGAUCGGCGAGGCCGACCUGGAUGUGGAGAAUAUUGUUGGUAUUGCUCACCCGCUGCCCGUGAGAGAGUACAUCACAGGAGGCUCGCCCCCCUUUGUGCCGAAUAUCGAUCAGCCCACGCCUGCCGACAACUUCAACGAGCCCUACGUUCCAUACUACCGUUACCUGCUCUCCAAGAAGAACUCCGAGCUGCCACAGGUGAUUUCAAACUCAUAUGGCGAUGCAGAAGACUCUGUUCCGUACAACUAUGCAGUUCUCACCUGCAACAUGAUCGGUAUGCUGGGCCUGCGCGGCAUCACGACGCUCUUCUCGUCUGGUGACGUCGGGGUUGGUUCGGGCUGCUUGGCGCCUGACUACAAGACGGUUGAAUUCAAUGCUAUCUUCCCAGCGACCUGCCCAUAUUUGACGUCCGUCGGCGGUACCGUUGACGUGACGCCCGAGAUCGCAUGGGAGGGUAGCUCUGGCGGGUUUAGCAAGUAUUUCCCGCGGCCAGCGUACCAGUCGGUUGCCAUCGCGCAGUAUCUCAAGACCGUCAGCCCCGAGACGUACAAAUACUAUGCGCCAUACACCAACUGGCAGGGCCGUGGCUUCCCUGACGUCGCCGGUCACAGCGUCGACCCAGAUUACCAGGUCAUUUACUUUGGUCGGCCACGACCCAGCGGUGGCACCAGCGCCGCAGCCCCGGUGUGGGCUGGAAUCGUGGGUAUGCUCAAUGACGCGCGCUUCCGGGCAGGCAAGAAGUCGCCACUCGGGUGGCUUAACCCCCUCAUCUACACCUUUGGGCCCCAGGUGUUGACAGACAUUACUGGCGGGUUCGCCAUCGGCUGUAAUGGUAACAACACACAAUCCGGGGGGCCUGAGCCGGCCGGCUCGGGUAUUGUGCUUGGUGCGCGGUGGAACGCCACCAAGGGCUGGGAUCCGACCACGGGCUAUGGAACGCCUGACUUCGAGAAGCUGAAGAAGCUCGUCUUGAGCUUCUAGGUGUCUUGAGGACUUGUGGUUGGGAGUUAGAAAAGCCUCAAAGUGACCAAUAAAGAUGAAAAAAACAAGCACGUAAUUAAACUUAAAUAAAUAUAUACUAAUUUAGAAUUGUCUAGCGAAUGCUGUGAG